CGCUGUGAGAGUCGGCGUUCAAGUGCAGAGAAGUUUUGGAAGACAAUCCUGCCAGGUUUCUUGAAUAUGAAGAAAAGGAUGAUUUACUUGGAACAUCUUUUCGUUUUGGUCAUAAUGCGAUGGUUUGUUCAGGGUGAAACGGAGGCCAUGCGACCUGGAAAAAUGUCGGGCGUGUUUUGCACGUUUAAAGAGAAGAUGUACAGGCCAGGAGAUAGCUGGCAUCCCUAUCUGGAGCCCUUUGGAUUCAUCUUCUGCAUGCGUUGUACUUGCACAGAAUCUGGCCAUGUGAAAUGCAACACCAUCAAGUGCCCUGUUCUGCGAUGUGAAAAUCCGGUGACUAAUUCACAGCAAUGUUGCCCUCGUUGUGCAGAUGAGCACCGGACUCCUGCUGGUCUCCGGGCACCAGUUAAAACCUGUAGGUAUAAUGGAACUAUAUACCAGACAGGGGAAACAUUUACAAAUCAUGAGCUCUUCCCAUCCCGCCAGUCCAACCAAUGUGUCAUGUGCACUUGCUCUAAUGGAAAUAUAUUCUGUGGAUUGAAAACCUGUCAGCCUAUUACAUGCUUGUCUCCAGUUUCUGUACCAGAUACCUGCUGCUUGGUGUGCAAAGAGGGUGCAAUUCAUUUAAAUUCUGCGUCAUCUGGGGAUGGAGGACAGCAGCUGAACAGAGGAGUCAGGCAUUCUGUGGAUCAGUGUGCUGCGGGACAGGUCAGGGGCCGUUCAGUUAGGGCCACACCAUCAACACUGCGAAGCCUCAACUCCAGGAGUCUCAAUCUACAGAUGUUACACAUCAAAGGAGCUUCUGAAACGACUGUUAAGAUUCUUUUACAGCGCAAACAUCAGAGAGCUUGUGUGUACAGUGGCAAGACAUACUCUCAUGGUGACGUGUGGCACCCGGUGCUGGGGAGGGUUUUGGAGUGCAUUCUGUGCACCUGCAGGGACAGCUUUCAAGAGUGCAGACGCAUCACAUGUCCCACCCAGUUUCCAUGCCAACAUCCCAUAAAGAUAGAAGGGAAAUGCUGUAAGAUCUGUCCAGAGCUCAAAGCAGAAGGCAACAGAACUGACUGCUUCCUCGGUCAAGACAAUAACAGUCUGCUGGUGUAUAAAGUUGAGUCCUCAUCUGCUUCUCAGUCAGAAGACAAAGUGCGGAGGAUUGCUAUCGAGAGGCAAGGAGCCACAGAAGUAGAGGUGCAAGUCUGGAAAACCGUUGAAGGUGUUUUGCAUCUAAUGGAGACCGGUGAUGUUCAGAAAAAAGACCUCAUAGAGCAUCCAGAAAAUUACAUCUUACUAACUACAUUGGAUGAAGACACCUGGAGAAAGUUCAAAGAGGAGGAGGACAAGCAGAAGGAUUUCAGUAAGAUUCGGAGCUGUGAAGAUGGGAUCAAGGAAGUGGUGAAAUACUUAAACCCUGAACAGCUGGACCGUCUUUGUGCUUCUUAGUCUCCAUCUGACUCUCUUGCACUGUGCCAUCCUGCAUCCUGACACCCAUUUUAUUACCAGAAGAGCACAUACCCACACCCUCACACAAUGUGCAUGUAGCACAAAACCAGAUGCUGGCAGCAGGUAGUCUAAAGAUCUCCUUUAUUACUAUGAGUCAGUUCAGCACAAGCCUUUAUGAGUUUGACAUCCCAGAAUUCUUUGUAAGACCUUGCUUUUUACUGAAGGGGGCUGAGGUCAGUCAUUACUUUUUUGUGUUGCUGAAAAAUGCACGUUUGACAGGAAAAGUGUGGGAAUGCAUGUUUCUGUCUUUAUUAUUUGGGGCGGAGUGAAGGGUUGAUUUAAAGCAAUCCUUGGCGUUACAAGGAAUGGUCCAUGUUAUUUUAGCUGGUAUCCACUGUAUGUACAUAAAUGGGAAAACAGAGGGUGAUUAUGACAGCUUAUUGGCCUGAAUGCUUUUAUAAAGUUGACGUAGGCCACAUUUUCCCACUGUAUUUAGUUAUACAACAGUCAUAAGUAUCAUGGAUAAACUAAAAAAUACACUAUUUAUUUAAAUUCAAAGCAGCCAACAUUUUUUCUUUAAUUGAAUGUUAUUGCCUUUCUUCUAUGCAGACAUUUUUCAUUGACAUGUAUGAAGUGUGUAUAUUGAUCUGGUUAUGUAUAACACCCAUGCAUUUAAAAUGUUUAAAAUAUAUUUGGGGUAACCUAGUGUUAAGACUAACCAAUAUGAAAUAUUGUAUCUUCGCUUUCAGGCAGAAACAUUCUAUCAAUUUUUUUCCGUAAAUCAUUGGUCACA